UUUCUGAACAUCGGUUUCGUCUCUCUUUACUGCAGGGAAGCUGUUUGCGAAAAGCUGUUUUGAAUAUUUUUUAACAAAGAACGAUGACAACAGACUGGGUCCCUUCGCUUUGGUUGGAUACUUUCGAUGAGAUGGAGGAGGAGGAAUUGGAUUAUAAUGAUCACUGGGCCUUUCACUUUAACUACAACUUAGAGGAGACGCUCACUGCUGACGAGCGCAGGAGAGGCUGGAAGAUCUACUCCCAUUGCGCGUUCGGACAGUUCCGUUGUGGUGACUGUUCGAGGUACUGGCGUUCAGCUCGCGUCGUGGUUCUGUUCAAGUACCGGUUGCGCGCCAACAGUGCACGGGGAACUGUUCUCAUGCGUCCCUUUGGCCAGGCAUGUCAGCGCUGUCAGGGCGACUUCUAUCUUCCAGGGUUUACCAAGAAAAAUGUGGAAGAGACAUUGCUCGGACUGUUCGGGAAGAUCCGGAAGAACUGCUACGGGGAAGAAGAGGAUGAUGACGAUUGUUCGGUGUGUUCGGAGCGUGUGAGGACCAGACCGCACGAGGCCUCGUUGUGCGAAGCCUGCCAAUUAGGGAUAUGCUGUGAAGACGACUGAGAGGGAGGAUGCGGGAGAGAGAGAGAGGGAGAGAGAGAGAGAGAGAGAGAGAGAGAGACUGAGAAGGAGCGAUGAUGAUUCAUUUGGGUGGACACGAUAAAUAGACCCACACGUUAAUCGUGGGUAAAGAGAACGCAUAGGGAA